ACAGAAAUUGAAGCGAAUAGUAAAGGGGGAGAAGAAGCUGUAUCCUGGACACAAACAUUCAUUAGGAAAUUCCACUGUAUUAUUUGAUUGAUUUAACAAAGCCUUGAUCUGCAGAGCUCGAAUUUAUACUAGAUCCAUUGGAACCCUCGGAUUUUGGGUCGAUUCGAACCAAAGUCCCGACCCCUUUUUGCACGGCAUUUCUUGUCUGCAGAACCAGUUACUUAAGCUGUGUUGAAUUUAUUGAUUUUUAUAUAUCAGAUCCAUUGUUUAGUCACUAGCAAUAGAUUGGAAGUUCGAAAAAAAUGCUGCGGUUAAGGGCGUUUCGUCCAACGAAUGAUAAGAUCGUGAAGAUUCAAUUCCACCCGACGCACCCGUGGCUCGUUACAGCCGACGCAUCGGAUCAUGUUUCCGUUUGGAAUUGGGAACAUCGCCAGGUGAUUUAUGAGUUGAAAGCUGGGGGUGUGGACGAGAGGCGUUUGGUUGGUGCCAAGUUAGAGAAGCUGGCUGAGGGCGAGUCAGAGCUGAGAGGAAAACCCACUGAAGCUAUACGGGGUGGGAGUGUUAAACAGGUUAGCUUUUAUGAUGAUGACGUACGCUAUUGGCAACUUUGGCGCAAUCGUUCUGCUGCUGCUGAAGCUCCACCUGCUGUGAAUAAUGUCACCUCAGCUUUUAGUUCUCCUGCUCCAUCAACAAAAGGACGCCAUUUUCUGGUCAUAUGUUGCGAGAAUAAAGCUAUUUUUCUAGAUUUGGUAACUAUGCGUGGCCGUGAUGUACCAAAGCAGGAUCUGGACAAUAGAUCACUUUUAUGCAUGGAGUUUCUAUGCAGAUCGGCUACUAGUGAUGGUCCUCUCGUGGCAUUUGGUGGAUCGGAUGGUGUGAUUAGAGUUCUUUCAAUGAUAACUUGGAAGCUUGCUCGAAGGUACACAGGAGGUCAUAAGGGAUCAAUUUCUUGUUUGAUGACCUUCAUGGCGUCUACUGGUGAGGCACUCUUGGUUUCUGGUGGUAGCGAUGGCUUGCUUGUACUUUGGAGUGCAGACCAUGGUCAAGAUUCUCGAGAACUUGUUCCUAAACUGAGCUUAAAAGCACAUGAUGGUGGGGUUGUUGCUGUCGAGCUUUCUCGAGUGGUUGGUACUGCACCCCAGCUUAUUACAAUUGGUGCAGACAAAACUUUAGCCAUCUGGGACACAAUUUCUUUCAAGGAACUGCGCAAAAUAAAACCUGUUUCCAAAUUAGCUUGUCAUAGUGUGGCAUCUUGGUGCCACCCUCGAGCACCAAAUCUUGACAUCUUGACAUGUGUUAAAGAUUCUCAUAUAUGGGCUAUUGAGCAUCCCACUUAUUCAGCUCUUACGAGGCCAUUAUGUGAACUCUCGUCACUGGUCCCACCACAAUUACUUGCAUCUCACAAGAAGCUUAGGGUGUAUUCCAUGGUUGCACAUUCUCUGCAACCCCAUCUCGUUGCUACUGGAACCAACAUUGGCAUCCUUGUAUGUGAAUUUGAUGGAAAAUCACUUCCACCUGUAGCUCCACUGCCAACACCACCAGGAAGCCGAGAACACGCUGCUGUAUAUGUAGUUGAACGGGAAUUGAAACUGCUACAGUUUCAAUUGUCUAACACUGCUAACCCGGUUCUUGGAAGUAAUGGCUCCUUGAAUGAUGCUGGAAGAUUUCGGGGUGACACAUCAGAACAACUCAAUGUCAAGCAAAUAAAAAAGCAUAUAAGUACUCCUGUCCCCCAUGAGUCAUACUCAGUCCUCUCUAUGAGCAGUUCAGGGAAGUUCCUUGCCAUUGUUUGGCCUGAUAUUCCGUACUUCUCAGUUUACAAGGUCAGUGAUUGGUCUAUUGUUGAUUCAGGCAGUGCAAGGCUUUUGGCUUGGGACACUUGUAGGGACCGUUUUGCUCUGCUGGAAUCUGCAUUAACUCCCAGAAUGCCAAUAAUCCCAAAAGGCAGCUCAUCUAGAAGAGCAAAGGAAGCUGCAGCAGCUGCCGCACAAGCUGCUGCUGCUGCCGCUAGUGCAGCUUCAUCUGCCAGUGUUCAAGUUCGUAUCCUGCUUGAUGAUGGAACCUCAAAUAUAUUAAUGAGGUCAGUUGGUAGCCGCAAUGAACCAGUUAUUGGUUUGCAUGGCGGAGCACUACUAGGUGUUGCUUAUCGAACGUCACGAAGGAUUAACCCUGUUGCAGCCACAGCUAUUUCAACACAGUCUAUGCCCUUGUCAGGAUUUGGAAAUAGCAGCCUUUCUUCUUUUAGCUCCAUGGAUGAUGGAUUUUCUUCACAAAAAUCUUCAGCUGAAGUGGUACCUCAGAACUUCCAAUUAUACAGCUGGGAAACCUUUCAACCAGUGGGAGGUCUUCUGCCUCAACCAGAAUGGACAGCAUGGGACCAAACUGUUGAGUAUUGUGCUUUUGGCUAUCAGCAAUAUAUUGUCAUAUCUUCCUUGCGCCCUCAGUUUCGGUACUUGGGAGAUGUGGCAAUUCCUUAUGCUACUGGGGGUGUUUGGCACCGAAGGCAGUUAUUUGUUGCUACACCGACCACCAUUGAGUGUGUUUUUGUGGAUGCUGGAAUAGCACCUAUUGACAUUGAAACCAAAAAAAGAAAAGAACAGAUGAAGCUUAAAGAGGCACAAGCGAGAGCAGUUGCAGAACAUGGAGAAUUAGCAUUGAUAGCAGUUGAUGCCCAACAAACCACCUCACAAGAAAGGAUAUUAUUGAGACCCCCCAUGUUGCAGGUUGUCAGAUUAGCUUCCUUUCAGCAUGCUCCCUCCAUACCUCCAUUUUUAUCAUUGCCUAAACAAUCAAAAGUUGAUGGUGACGAUUCAUCAAUACCAAAAGAGAUAGAAGAAAGGAAAGUCAAUGAGGUUGCUGUUGGUGGUGGUGGGGUUGCGGUGGCUGUUACUAGAUUUCCAGCAGAGCAGAAACGACCUGUUGGACCACUUGUUGUUGCAGGGGUGAAAGAUGGUGUUCUAUGGCUAAUUGAUAGGUACAUGUGUGCUCAUGCAAUAUCACUCAGCCAUCCUGGUAUCCGUUGUCGGUGUCUUGCAGCCUAUGGAGAUGCUGUUAGUGCAGUAAAAUGGGCAAGUAGGCUUGGUAGAGAGCAUCAUGAUGAUUUAGCACAAUUUAUGCUUGGUAUGGGAUAUGCCAACGAAGCACUUCACUUGCCUGGCAUAUCCAAGAGAUUGGAGUUUGACCUGGCAAUGCAGAGUAAUGAUUUGAAAAGAGCCUAUCAGUGCCUCCUAACAAUGAGCAACAGCAGAGAUAUAGGACAAGAGGCUCUGGGGUUGGACUUGAAUGACAUUAUGAAUUUGUCUUCAAAGAAGGAAAAUAUUGUGGAUGCUGUUCAAGGAGUAGUUAAAUUUGCAAAGGAGUUUAUGGAUCUUAUUGAUGCUGCAGAUGCUACUGGACAAGCUGACAUUGCUCGCGAAGCUAUUAAGAGGCUAGCUGCUGCAGGUUCAGUAAAAGGAGCUUUAAGAGGUCAUGAGUUGAGAGGACUUGCUUUACGCUUUGCAAAUCAUGGGGAGUUGACAAGGCUUAGUAAUAUGGUGAACAAUUUGAUUUCAGUUGGUUCGGGACGGGAAGCUGCCUUUGCAGCUGCUCUGUUGGGAGACAAUGCACUCAUGGAGAAAGCAUGGCAGGAGACUGGGAUGCUUGCUGAGGCUGUGCUCCAUGCUCAUGCUCAUGGUCGACCUUCAUUAAGGAACUUAGUUCAGGCAUGGAACAAGAUACUGCAGAAAGAGAUGGAGCACACGCCAUCCACCAAAAUGGAUGCUGCAGCUGCAUUUUUGGCUUCCCUUGAGGAAUCUAAGCUCACAAGCUUGCAAGAUGCAGCAAAGAAGCCACCAAUUGAGAUUCUACCUCCUGGCAUGGCGUCAUUAUAUGGUCCGAAUCCGGGUCAAUCUAAUCAGAAAAAACCUGGUCCUGCCAUGCAGAAUUCGCUGCAGCAACCGGGAAAACAGUUGCUUUUGGAAGGAUCUACGACCACACUGCCAAAUGCAUCUACACCACCAGAGUCAGGUGCUGCACCCACUGCAGAGUCAGGUGCUGCACCCACUGCAGAGUCAGGUGCUCCACAGAAUUCAGAAUCAAGGACUCCACCUACACCAGAAUCAGGAGCUCCACCUACAUCUGAACCUGUUGCUUCGACUCAGGAUUCAGUUGCUCCAGCACAAUCUGAGCCAGAUGCUUCAGUUACCCCCGUCCCAGAGUCAAGUUCUCCAGCUCCUGCUGAUGUGAGUGAUAAAACUUCAGAAAAUCAGAACCAGACAUCACCACCGAGUGUUUCAGAACCUAAUGGAACUGAGGAAAGUGUCCCAUCAGCAUCCCAGAGUCCUCUGCCUGGACCAACGACUGCUCAUGAUGUCCCAAAGCAACCAGAUAAUCAAGCAACAGCUGUCCGUCCUGAACUCUCAUUGAUCGACUUCAGUUGACAAGCAAACCUUGACACUACAGUCAUAUCAGGUGUUUUACCGAUGUUCUUUAUAUGGAUAUCUGAAACUUGUGCAUUCUGUUCCUUUAUCAUACUAAUGAAGCACUACAAAUAAAUAUCGAGACGGGGGAGAGGAAGUUGCAUUCUCAUAUCGCGAGAACCAUUGCAACAUCUUGACUUUUGAUUACCGGAGUUGCUGUUGCACUCUGAUGUAGAUGGCCUUCACAUUUUCCUGUCCUUGACUAGUUUGUGCACUGUUGUCCCUGUCAUCUAAGGUGCAUUCGUUCUAUUUGUUUUAGAUUUGUCAUCAAUUUUCUCACCUGUUUUUUGGUGUAGCAUGUUUUUAAAGCAUAGUUGACGAAAUUGAAAUUUAUCUAAGAUUUUGCGGUUGUACUGUAAGGAAACCGAUCGAACUACCCUUUGUUGUGUCUGGUAUUUCAUAAAAAGUAUGUACUUCUAUUGUAUUUGUUAUUCCUA